AUGAAGGUCGCCAUGUCUGUUGCUGCCGUUGCAGCUUUCGCUACUGCCGCCGUCGCCGCGCCCGCUGAUGCCUCCAGCACCUGGGCCGACUGGACCGCCAGCACCACCACCACCACUACUACCACCACCACCGCUGCUGCCUCCAGCACCUGGGAUGACUGGACCGCCAGCGCCAGCACCACCACAACCACCACUACUCCCGCCGCCGCUGAGAGCACGUGGGCCGACUGGACCAGCACUCCUGACAGCUACACCACCACCGUUGUGACCGCCAUCACAACCUUCUGCCCUGAGGCCACCAAGAUCACCCACAUCGGCAAGACCUGGACUGUCACCGGCGCCACCACUCUGACCAUCACCGGUGGUCCCUUCACCGUCUCAGUCCCAGUCUGGACCAAGACCUCCACCUCGUGCAGCGAGAGCGUCACUGAGACUGCCGCCGCCUCAACCUGGGCUGACUGGACCUCCACCCCUGUCGCUCCUGCUGUUGAGACCUCCAAGCCGGUUGCUCCAGCUUCCACUGAGGUCUGGGCCUACACCCCAUCCUCUGCCGCCCCUGCUGUCGCCACAUACACUGGUGCUGCCAACGCCCUCGUUGCCAACGUUGGUGCUGGUCUUGCUGGUGUCGGUGCCAUUGCUGCUCUCCUGCUGUAA